GCAUCUCGAAACCCAUUAAAAAGCGAAAACUGGAGAUCAAAAAAAUACAGAGAGCACGGCGGACGUAUUCGGCCGCCGGAAGAACCGAAGUAAUUCCCCACACCAGCAAAGAGGGACAUGUCAAAUGUCUUUUCCCCAAAAUUGCCCCUCUAACUCCUAGGAAUUUCCUCGGGCCACUUGAGUUUCGCUUUCCAGUGAAGGAACUUGUAACCUUUUCAUGUGAGAAUAUCACUUUUUUCCCGUGUAGAUUUGGAAAGCUGAAGGCUGAAGGGCGUUCCAAAGAUGUUGUGCAGAAUGUCGUUGGUUUCCCAGAAGAAGAAAGCCGGGUCCGUUCCGGUUUACUUGAAUGUCUACGAUUUGACACCCAUGAAUGGCUAUGCUUACUGGCUUGGCCUCGGGAUCUACCAUUCUGGAGUUCAAGUUCAUGGUGUUGAGUAUGGUUUUGGAGCACACGAUCAUUCAACAACUGGGAUUUUCGAAGUGGAACCAAAGCAGUGCCCUGGUUUUACAUUUAGGAAAUCAAUUUUGAUUGGAAGAACUGAUCUGGGUCCUAAGGAAGUUCGAGCAUUUAUGGAGAAAUUAGCUGAAGAUUACUGUGGGAACACUUAUCAUCUUAUCACAAAGAACUGCAACCACUUCUGUAAUGAUGUGUGUAUCAGAUUGACAGGGAAGCCUAUUCCUCGAUGGGUGAAUCGUCUAGCUCGAUUAGGCCUUUUCUGUAACUGUGUUCUUCCAGCGGGAUUAAAUGAGACGAAGAUUCGACAGGUUAAAUCAGAAGUUGGGGUCAACGAGGAAAAGAAGAAACUGAGAAGCAAUUCAAGUAAAUUCACAUCUUCUUCUAAUCAUGUGCCUCCUUCCGCAUCAUCCUGUCCUACAAGUUCUGCAAUCAGACACAGCAGACAAAAACGUUGCCUUCCCACUCCUUCAUCUUUGAUUCACAGUAAUUCCACAACGGCCUUGAGCUUAAAGCUUUAGAGGUUUAGUUAUUUGGGUUUUGAAACUUUAGGGUAUUAAGGGUACCAAGAAUCAGCAGUAUUCGGCGGGGUAAGCGUGCAAAUUUCUUGUCUACCCCGUCUAGUUUAUUUGGUUCUGCUCUCGCUUUUGUUUGUUGUCAAAAUAGCUGCUUUGGAAAUUGUCGCGGUUAGUGUUUUAUGUAAAAUGCUCUGUUCAUGGUUCAUAAGAUCAAUGUGUUAAUAGUUCUUCAUCUCUUGGGUGUACACCAUAAUUAUAUUAUGAAAGCUUUAUCCUGCCA